ACACAGACGUUCGCUUCGUCGUUCGUCGUUGUCGAAGAGGGGAGAGAAGAGAGAACCACCAUUUUGGCCGGUGUGCGAGAAUCGCAAUUGGAUGUGCUCGAUGCACUUUGCAGGAUAUAACUUUUGAAGCGCCGUCCACAAGCUGGUGGGAGAUCCAGGAAGCGCUCAAAACUCAGUUUUGCCAAUUAUCACACGGGACUUCGCCCAUCUCGAGAUUCUCGCGGUUCUUAAAUUCACGUUUCAACAUGAUGGAAGUAGACGAACAACAAGAAGCAUCCGACGUCUCAGCAAACGGAGCAAAAAGCGGAGAGAAGAAGAGGUUCGAAGUGAAGAAGUGGUCCGCGGUCGCCCUCUGGGCUUGGGACAUCGUUGUCGACAACUGUGCUAUUUGCCGGAAUCAUAUUAUGGACCUCUGCAUCGAGUGUCAAGCCAAUCAGGCAUCCGCGACGACUGACGAAUGUACAGUCGCGUGGGGCGUUUGUAACCAUGCGUUUCAUUUCCACUGUAUAUCAAGAUGGCUGAAGACUCGGCAGGUGUGUCCACUGGACAAUCGCGAGUGGGAGUUCCAGAAGUACGGACACUGAUGUGAUCACAAAUUCACAAGACCGGAUGUAACGGAUACAAACAUCGAUAGGGGGGAAAGAAUGAAAUAAAAUACUAAAUUCGAGCACGGCUCCGAAUAUUCCUGA